GCGUGUCGGAAAUGUGUCCGGAGAAGAAGAAACGCUUCCCUUACUCAUCUUCACUUGGGCUUGAACACAUAUCUUAACCAAGUUGUCUCAACUUGUCUGCAGUUGACAGCAAGGUCCUACACCAUGUCUAUACUCAAGAUCCACGCCAGAGAGAUCUUUGAUUCUCGUGGAAACCCCACCGUGGAGGUUGACCUUUACACUGAUAAAGGCUUGUUUAGGGCAGCUGUUCCAAGCGGUGCAUCUACUGGAAUCUACGAAGCCUUGGAGCUUAGGGACAAUGACAAGUCACGCUACCUUGGAAAAGGAGUCUCCCAGGCUGUAGGACACAUUAAUUCAACUAUUGCACCUGCACUUGUUGGCCAAGAUGUAUCUGUGGUUGAGCAAGAGAGAAUUGACCAGAUAAUGAUUGACUUGGAUGGCACAGAGAACAAAUCCAAAUUUGGCGCAAAUGCCAUCCUGGGUGUUUCUUUAGCUGUUUGCAAAGCUGGUGCAGCAGAGAAAGGUGUCCCUCUAUAUCGUCAUAUUGCUGACCUUGCAGGAAACCCAGAGGUCAUCUUGCCUGUGCCGGCCUUUAAUGUGAUCAAUGGUGGCUCUCAUGCAGGCAACAAGCUGGCCAUGCAGGAGUUCAUGAUCCUGCCCAUUGGCGCAAGCACCUUCAAAGAAGCUAUGCGCAUUGGAGCUGAGGUCUAUCACAAUCUGAAAAAUGUUAUCAAGAAGAAAUAUGGUCAGGAUGCCACCAAUGUGGGUGAUGAAGGUGGCUUUGCUCCAAACAUCUUGGAGAACCAGGAAGCUCUGGAGCUGGUAAAGGAGGCCAUCGCUAAAGCAGGAUACACAGAUCAGGUUGUGAUUGGCAUGGAUGUGGCAGCAUCUGAAUUCUACAGGGAGGGAAAAUACGAUCUGGACUUCAAGUCUCCUGAUGACCCGAGCCGUUACAUCACUCCAGACGAGCUGGCUGAUCUCUACAAGAGCUUUGUGAAGGAUUAUCCAGUGGUUUCCAUUGAAGAUCCCUUUGACCAGGACGACUGGGCGGCCUGGACCAGCUUCACUGGAAGCACAGACCUUCAGGUUGUUGGAGAUGAUCUGACGGUGACAAACCCUAAUCGCAUCAGCAAGGCUGUGGAGGAGAAAGCCUGCAACUGCCUGCUGCUUAAAGUCAACCAGAUUGGCACGGUUACUGAAUCCAUGCAAGCGUGUAAGAUGGCUCAGGAGAGUGGCUGGGGUGUGAUGGUCAGCCAUCGCUCCGGUGAAACCGAGGACACCUUCAUAGCAGAUCUGGUGGUGGGCUUGUGCACUGGACAGAUUAAAACUGGGGCACCCUGUCGCUCUGAGCGUUUAGCCAAAUACAACCAGAUUCUAAGAAUCGAAGAGGAGCUGGGUGACAAGGCUCGUUUUGCUGGAAAAAAAUUCAGGAACCCAUUGACAGAGUAAAUCCAUUUAAUUAACAUACGAAUGGAUUCACACACAAUCUAUAACAACACAUCAGA